CUCGCUUCAUUCUUCAUUCCAGGUCACCGUUUAUGACAUAGUUGUCUGCAAGGUGUCUACAACUCUCUUCUUGAGUAAUUUGCCUCCUUGUUUGCUUCUUGGUUUGUUGCUGAGGACCAAGUCUUUCCCACUUUCGACAUUCACGGGGUUUUGUGCUAUCAGUGCGAAUUAACGCCAACCACGAGAUGUGUUGAGGUCAGACUUCAGUAGCAACGACAUCACCAAUCUACUCCUUCGCGUCCCGACUCUUUCAAAAUGAAUCAGAAUCCUGGUGAUCACUGGCGUGGUCCAGGGGGCCCUGCGCCAAAUGAGCCACAGCCGCAAGGCAGACCCUUUCCAAGCUAUGGUGGUUCUGCUCAACCGCCUCCGCACGUGUUGCCUCCUCCUUCGUCAUACCAUCAGCAUCACCCUCAGCCCUCAGGAAGUCACAGCCUUUCCAUUGCGGACUUGACUCAAGGUCCCCCUAACCAUCCACAACAACAUCAGUAUAACACCCAACCUCCUCCGCCGCAACCUCAAGGUCACCCAAUAGGUCCUUUGGGACACCCGAUGUCUCAGCACUCACCUCAAUAUCUUGGUCGUGAAAGGGAGCUGAGGGAAAUGCGCGAACGGGAGAUGAGAGAGCACGAAAUGAGAGAAAGAGACAUGAGAGAAAGAGAACUGCAAAGACAACGUGAUGAGAUGAUGAUGCGCGAGCGUGAACGCGAUGCUCGAGAGCGAGAACAGAUGGAGCGCAUGCACCAGGAACAGCACCAGCAACAACGCCCCGUACAGAGCCAUGCUGGGUCCAUCCCCAUUCACCAGCCCGUGGCUUCAAAGGUUCAAAACUCGAUCCAUGGUCCAAACGGCUUGCUGGCAAAUGGUGGUGCUGGUGCAGUCCAGCACGGUGGCCCACCCGCUGCUGCAGGAGGCAGUCUCUUCGGCGGCCCUGCGCAACAUGAUUCACAAAGACCUUCACAAUUUAUGCAUCAGCAGGUCAGUGCACCACCUCAACAGCAAGCGCAAACCUUCAUGCCCGGUCCCUCUCCAAUGCCGGCUUCUGCGCAGCUUGCGCAUGGUCAACAACCCAUCCUCAACGAUGCCCUCAGCUACCUCGAUCAAGUCAAAGUGCGCUUCAGUGAUCAGCCUGAUGUCUACAACCGCUUUUUGGACAUCAUGAAGGACUUCAAGAGCCAGGCCAUUGAUACCCCAGGAGUCAUCGAGCGAGUAUCUAACCUCUUCAAUGGCCAUCCCGCAUUGAUCCAAGGAUUCAACACUUUUCUUCCCCCUGGAUAUCGUAUUGAAUGUGGUACAGAGGAAAAUCCGGAUGCCAUCAGAGUAACCACCCCUAGUGGCACUAUGACACAGUCCCUUCAGACCAGAGGUCGCACGCAAUUCGAACCUGCAGGAAUGGCCCCAGUUGCAGCUCCUCCGCCAGGCCGACAGGACACUUUCGAAAGUCGACAUGGCUGGGGACAACCGUUGGGCGGAUCGCCUGGCUCAAGAUCGGUCGAGCUAUCGGGAUACAAAUCUGCGCAAAACGAAAGACCGAUCGACGAAGCAGUCAACGCCAUGAGCCAACAAGAUCAGCGCGGCGUCUCGACUCUUCAGAGUGCAGUCACUGCGGUGACUAACGGCUCUGCAAGACCGGCUUUGGCUGUCAGUCCGGGACCGGGGCAAAAUGGCCCCUACAAUCAACAGGCUGGUCCAUUCGGUACUAAUUCUUCUCUUGGCGAUUUGAAGCAGCGAGGUGGCCCCGUUGAAUUCAAUCAUGCAAUUAGCUAUGUGAAUAAGAUCAAGAACCGCUUUGCACAGCAGCCUGAAAUCUACAAGCAGUUUCUCGAGAUUCUGCAGACUUAUCAACGAGAAUCGAAGCCCAUUCAGGACGUCUACGCACAAGUCACCCAGUUGUUCAUCUCAGCGCCAGACCUGCUGGAGGAUUUCAAACAAUUCCUGCCCGAGUCUGCAGCCCACGGCAAAGCGCAGGCUGCAAGAGCCAUGGCUCAAGAGGAACAGACCAGCAACGUUCGAGGCGAUGUGGGCUAUGCCGCCGGUGCGCUCCCUCAAGCCCAAACACCGAGACCUACUUCGAAGAUGCCGCCCAUGGGACAAUUUGACCCUCCAAGUACCAGCAAAGACAACAAGAAGCGUCGUGGCGGCCCGGGCGCUACCCUUGUGAACCAGGUCGCCGCGCAAUCAGCCGCCGAUACAAGUCUGCAGCAAGGAGGACGAGCUGGCCUAGUUCAAGUCGGCAAUGCUAGCAAGCGUCCCAAACUCGCGACUCAACGUCAACCUCCUACUGAUACUGUGGUCACUUCUCCAACCCUCGUGCCUCAGCUGCCAGAACCAUUACCGCCUUUCCCUAGCGCAUCCACCAGUCAAGAGGAGCUACAAUUUUUCGAUCGGGCGAAGAAACAAAUUGGCAACCGUUCCAGCUAUGCCGAAUUCCUAAAACUCAUCAAUCUCUACAGUCAAGAUCUGAUCGACAAGUACACCCUCACCGACAGAGUCGGAUCUUUCAUUGGUGGCAAUCCCGACCUCAUGAGUUGGUUCAAGAAUUUCCUGAGUGUGGAGGAGCAAGAGGAAGUGAUCGAGGCGCGUGUCCGAUCCGAUCCUGGGCGAGUCAACCUUUCACAUUGUCGUGCACUUGGACCCAGUUAUCGUCAUUUGCCAAAGCGUGACCAAAACAAGCCCUGCAAAGGUCGUGACGGCAUGUGUUAUGAGGUUCUGAACGAUGUAUGGGCAUCUCACCCAACUUGGGCUUCUGAAGACUCCGGUUUUGUUGCGCACCGCAAGAACCAGUACGAGGAAGCUUUGCACCGCAUCGAAGAGGAGCGUCAUGACUAUGAUUUCCACAUCGAGUCAUGCCAGCGAACCAUCCAGCUCAUGGAGCCCAUUGUCCAACAAAUUGGCGUAAUGAGUGAGGCAGACCGUGCGGCCUUCGUCUUGUCGGAAGGACUUGGUGGUGCCAGUGCAGCCAUUCCCAAACGAAUCAUCAUGAAGGUGUAUGGCCGCGAAAUUGGAGCCCGUGUUAUGGAAGAAAUGUUUGCACGUCCCACUGCAGUCCUCCCCAUUGUUCUCAAUAGGCUCAAGCAGAAACUCGAAGAAUGGAAGCAAGUUCAACGAGAAUGGGAGAAGGUUUGGCGUGACCAGAUACACAAACAGUUCUGGAAGAGUCUCGAUCACCAAGGCAUCAACGCAAAGAACCUCGAUAAGAAGAACUUCCAGCAGAAGACGUUGACCAGUGACAUCCAGGCCAAGUACGAAGAAGCCAAGAAGAACCGCGAGAAUGGCAUUACCACCAAAAAACAUCAACUGGAGUACGCCUUCAACGAUCUCGACGUGGUUCUUGAUGUCUCACGGCUGAUACUUGUAUCGUUGGAGGCCAACAAUGGACAAUACAAUGGUGGAGAACAGGAGCGAAUCCGUGGUUGGUUUACCGAUUUCCUCAUCCGCUUCUUCGGGUUGGAUCCAGACAAAUUCCAGGAACAGCUGGAUACUGAGUCCCUCAGACACCGAGACCAAGACGACGUAAUUGACGGCCAUGAGAGCGACGCCCACGCUCCCGCCAAAGGCAAGUCACAGCGCAAGUCCGACUGGCUUAGGAGGCUGGCACUUGAGCGGAGACAUGGCAAAGAAGAUAGCGUUGCGUCAGGGAGCAAAGAAUCAACGCCUAUGCCAGGAGCCUCGAGUGAGAUGGAACUUGACGACGACGCUGCGAUUUCGGAAGUCGCAGAGGCACCUCAACAUCCAUGGAUCAAUGUCGCUAACAGUGAUUUGUCCGCACGACACCUGGCCAUGGACGAGCCAUAUCCGCACACCACCUUCAACCUUUACGCCAAUGCGAACAUCUACUGCUUCUUCCGACUCUUCGAGACCAUGUACAGCAGACUGCUAGCCAUCAAACUCUAUGAGCCGAAUGUGCAAGAUGCCAUUGCAAGACACAAAGGUGUAGGCGGAAGAGUGAAGCCAGCAAUUGACCUUCGCAUGAUCGACCGAGGACCGGACUACUUCUUCCCCAGUAUUCAAGACAAUCAAAACUACUACAGCCAGAUCCUGCAAAUGUGCGAAGAGAUUCUAGUGGGCCAGGGUGAUCUCAAUCAUCUUGAAGAGACACUGCGACGUUAUUACAACAAGAGCGGCUGGCAACUCUACACCAUCGAUCGACUGGUUGCAGCUAUUUUGCGUUUCGUCAUGAACAUCCUCGGCGGCGAUGCCAAGGACAAGAGCGUCGAGAUUACCAAUCUGUUCAUGAAGGAUCGGGAACGUCCCGACACGACCCGAAAGCAGGAAAUCCAAUAUCGUAAACAGGUUGAGAGAUUGUCCAAGGAUGCUGAAGUCUACCGCAUCAGCUACACACCAGAAGAUAGGCUUUGCACCAUUCGCCUAUUCCCUUCCGAGGAAGCUACUUUCGACAGCGACACGUUGUCGGACGAUGCUCGUUGGCAGUACUAUGUUGCAUCCUACACCAUGACGGAUGCGACGGAGGGGGUCGAUCAGUCACGAAUGCGCCCCGCUUUCCUGCGUCGCAACAUUGCUCCUCAGAAUGCCAACAUUGAAGCCGCAUAUCAAGAGGUCUACGGAGACCUUGACCAUAUUGAUGAGCAAACGGCGUUCAUCAGUCCGGAGUCGUACAAGCUUCUACUCCAAAACGACUUCGGUUACGUCCGACGCAGUUCUGUUGAGAAACCCAGCAGAACGUCGUAUGAAGUUGGACGGAUAUCCGAGAGCGAGAAGUUUCGAGAGAAAUUUGUGCGCAAUACUACCUGGAUGAAAGACCAGAGAGCAGAAGACGUGGAGCGUAGGAAGGCUGCUUGGGAGAAAGGUGUCAAGGAAGGCUUUCCCACCUACGAGGACUAAUGGGAUGGCGAGCAGUACGAGAGAUGGGACUUUUACGCAAUAUGACGACUGAGGCGGGCUUCGUACAUGGACAGAUUGCCGAUGAGACGGAUCUGGAUGUGCUGUGUAUGGUUAAUUAAUUGGCCCGAGAGGCAUGCUUGAGCUUCACAAGAACAUGGUCCAGGCGGUCCUGGCAGUGCAAUUCUAUCCCCUGGGAUU